GCCGCAAUGAGCCCCUGAAGAAAGAGCGUCCCAAGUGGAAGAGUGACUACCCCAUGACGGACGGGCAGCUGCGCAGCAAGCGAGAUGAGUUUUGGGACACAGCCCCUGCCUUCGAGGGCCGCAAGGAGAUCUGGGAUGCCCUGAAGGCAGCUGCCUACGCCGUGGAGGCCAAUGACCACAGCCUGGCUCAGGCCAUCCUCGAUGGAGCCAGCAUCACCCUGCCUCAUGGGUCCCUGACGGAGUGCUACGAUGAGCUGGGCAACCGGUACCAGCUGCCCGUCUAUUGCCUGGCACCUCCCGUCAACCUGAUCCUGGAGCGGAGCGAGGAGGAGGCGGCAGAACACGCCCGCCGGGAGUUCACCCUCAAGGUGCGGCUCUCCACUGGCAAGGACCUACGGCUCAGCGCCAGCAUGGGUGACACCAUCGGGCAGCUGAAGAAGCAGCUGCAGGCGCAGGAAGGCAUCGACCUGGCCUGGCAACGCUGGUUCUUUUCGGGCAAGCUGCUCACUGACCGCACACGGCUGCAGGAGACCAAGAUCCAGAAGGAUUUUGUUGUGCAAGUGAUCAUCAACCAGCCCCUGCCGCCCAGGAACUGA